GCGCUUCUUCGAUCAGACGGUCACCGACCUCCCUUUCUUCCUCACUCUCGAGCCGACUGAUUGUUCCUCGGCAUCCCGUCGCCAUCGCUCCUCUGCACAUUUCGAUGUGAUGGAGACGGGGUACGACUUCAUUCUCGGCACUCCGUGGUGUCGCCGGUUCCGCAACACCGAGGCCGAUUGGACGACCAACACUCUCGUUCUUAAAACCAAGUGUGGUCAGACGUAUCGCGUACCUUUUAUAGGUACCACUGCGACACCACGCCCCGAUCCUCCUUCCCCGGAGCCAUCUGUGCCCACACCAUCUCCUUCCAUCACUGUCACCUCGCCUCGACAGUUUGCCCACUUCAUCCGACAGGACGACGUCACCUUCUUUAUGGUGGAAGUGAAGGAUCUCUUACACUAUGAUCCACCCUGUCCCGACGCCGAGCUCAUACCUCUAGAGCCAGAUCCUCCUUCUAUCUUCAUGACUCCUAUCUCCACUUCCGUCCCUCCGCUGUCCGUCGAGUCCACCCCGUCGUCGCGCACAGACGCUGACGCUGAGGAACUCGCACGAUAUACAACUGACCUGGAGCCCGCAGUUCGUGACCUCAUCCGAGAGUACCACGACGUUUUACCAUCGUCGUUCUCGUACGCUUGCAUCCCACCGAUGCAUGACGUCGAGCACUCCAUUCAGCUUGUGCCUGACUAUUGUGUUCACCACCAGACACCCUACAAACUUUCGAUCCCCGAGGCCACCGAACUCAAGCGUCAGCUUGAGGAGCUCCUGAGACUGGGUUUCUUUAAACCCAGCAACUCCUCGUCGGGUGCACCCGUCCUCUUUGCUCGCAAAGCGGAUGGAACUCUUCGUCUCUGCAUCGACUACAGCGGUCUCAACCGCUACACGGUUAAGAAGAGCUACCUCAUGCCUCGUUCCGACGAGCUGUUCGACCGCGUAGCAGGCAACCGCUUCUUUGCGAAGAUUGAUCUUCGUAGCGGUUACCAUCAGAUCCGCGUCGCUGCAGCCGACCAGCCGAAUACCGCGUUUCGAUCGCGCUUCGGCCACUACGAGUUUACGGUGAUGCCAUUCGGCCUCACCAACGCACCCGCCACCUUCCAGACGGCUCUUCAGGGACAUCCUGGAGCAGGCACCAGAAAGCCCCGUAUUUGCGUUCCCUCCACUGGACAACUACGUGUCCGAGCAGUAGCAGAGUUCCAUGACCAGGCAGUCGCCGGUCAUAUGGGCUUCCACAAGACGUUGGCUCGUGUGAGCCGCCUGUACGUCUGGCCGAAGCGCAAGGACUUUGUGAAGGACUACGUCGCAGAGUGUCCCACCUGUCAGGAGGUGAACAGUAUGAACCACCUUCCUUAUGGUUUGCUCCAGCCUCUUCCUAUCCAUGAGGGUCGUUGGCAGUCCAUCUCGAUGGACUUUAUCGGUCCCCUUCGUCCUCCGACCCCUCGCGGUCAUUAUGCUAUCCUGGUCGUCGUCGACCACUUCACGAAGCGUGCACACUUUGUCUUGUGCCGCUAUGUUAUCAGUGCACGUGAGGUCGCCGACGCCUUGUUUGACCGAGUCGUGCGUGCCCACGGCUUACCUCUGAGCAUCAUAUCUGACCGUCACCCGCGCUUUACCCGCCGAUUCUGGCAACGGCUCCACGAGGUGUACGGCACUCAGCUCCGCUUCUCCUCGUCUUACCAUCCUCAGACUGAUGGUCAGACCGAUAUCACGAACAGGACUCUCAAGGAUAUUCUCCGAAAGAUUAUUUGUGACGACCAGCAGUGGGAUCUCCAUCUUGCCCACGCGGAGAUAGCCUACAACCAUGCCGUCUCGCCAGCCACGGGGAUGUCGCCUUACUAUUGCGAUCUCGGCUAUCACCCUCGUGUUCCCGCGGACUUCCUUCGACCAUCACAGAUGCACCCCGACACGAGUUGUCCCGCGCGUGAUGAUUGGAUUGCACACAUGAUGUCGAUCAUGAAGACCGCACAUGAGCACAUAGCCGCCACCCAGACUCGCAUGGCCACACGUGCGAACCGAUCGAGGAUGGAUCAUCCAUUCAAAGUCGGUGAUGAUGUGCUUAUCGACGCCCGCCACUUACAGCUCAAAGCGGACACGCUUCGCAAGUUUCGGCGUCGACUUUUUGGGCCAUGCCACAUUCUCCAGGUCGUCAGUUCUGAUACGGCUUAUAGCCCGGUCAGCUUCCUUGUGAAGCUGCCCGACUACCUACGUCAGGCUCGUAUGCACGAUGUUCACCACGUCUUGUUACUGCGUCCUUAUCGUAGACCGUCUAAGCGUUUUGCUGGACGACUAUACGAGCGCCCUCCACCCAUCAUGGUGGACGACCACGAGGAGUUCCUCGUUUCAUACAUCAUUGGUCGCCGAGUCACCGACGACAACCCUCCCCACGUCGAGUAUCUCGUACGUUGGAAGAGUUACCCUGAUGAGGAGGCUACCUGGGAGCCCCUCGAGCACUUGCAGCACGCUCGCAUAUUGGUGCGUGCCUAUGACCGUGCUCGUCGUACUGGGUUCACUGCUCUUCCUCAGCCCACUGACCCUCCCCCUUCUCCACCGGCUGGGGAGACCGCUGAAGUCGAGCCUGCUCCAUCUGAGGCAGACCUUCAGCAGCAGCCGGAUGCUUCUGAGCGUCCACAACGCACUCGUCGUCGUCCUGCUCGAUACGACGAUUGACUCUGACUUACCUUCCCACGUCCUUGACUUCCCAGUACUCCAUCCACUCCAGUUUUGCUACUUCAUC